AUGUCGGCAUUCAGUUGGAUAUUUUCAAGCACACAGACACGCAGGAACCGCUGCAACAAGCAUGAAAUGUGGUUAGUUGCGAAAAACAGUUCCCUGCUGUCGCUUGAUCUGACGCUGAUCAUUUUACAUAUUGCCUUAAGAAAUUUAAGGGUGUUGGGGUCCAUCGGGCCGAGAACCUCGAUACAUAUUGGCAAGAAUUCCAUCGAGGGGAGGGCGUUCCCAUAUUUUUUCAUUUUCUCGUCCGCUGCCCUGGCCGCGGCCAAACCGCAUUCUUUACUUGUCAGCGAAUCACACUUCACCUGUGCCAUCUAUUAUCCACCCAAAAAUCUAUCAUACAAAGAUUCCUCCUUGAUGGGUUACAUCGAUGAACUCUCCAACACUGUGUUGGGGAGCGACUCAAAACUGAUCAUUGGGGUGACUUCAAUCAACUCGACCAGAUUGAGAUUAACAUUAUAG